GAAGGGGAAUCCAACGGCGGUAAAUUAGGCAAAGGCAAGUGACCAUAUAGGUUUCUAGAAGCAUCGAAUAAAACCUCAGUGCAACAAAAAAAUGCCGUGUUCGGAGAUGAAAACUCGACCACCAAGUGCUGCAACGCUGUAGCCUCAUCCUCGAACAUUUCCGGCACACUCCUCUGUCCCUGGACACUAUUCCUUUCUAUCGCCCUUCACUCCUCUCCGUUUUCCUCCUCUCUUCCCUGCCAGAGAGAGCGAAGGGAAAGUCAGGAUCAACAGUUGGCAUAAGUUCACCGACGAUAUACAUAUUGAUCACCAUAUUAUCUUGCUGAAGACAAAUUGAAUGGCCAUUACACCUUUUGGAAGCACAUCUGUUGCACAAUGGGGAAUCCGUCCUCAGUUAUUUACGAGAUCCUGUAUGACAGGAAGGAUUAUAUCAUCCGGCUUCAGUGUUACAAGUAGGGUAAGCUUUAUGGCUGCCCCAAGUUCGAGCUUUUUUUGUCGUGAUUCCUUGCAUGCACUAUGUGACCUGGGUUCUUCUCAAACUUUUCUUCGUCGCAAGGGAUCAAGGUUAAUAGUAAGGGCAGAUGUAGAUUACUAUUCUGUCCUUGGGGUGUCAAGAAAUGCUAGUAAAUCUGAAAUUAAGAGUGCUUAUCGGAAGCUUGCGCGGAAUUACCACCCAGAUGUGAACAAAGCACCUGGAGCUGAACAGAAGUUUAAGGAAAUUAGCAAUGCAUAUGAGGUCUUAUCAGAUGAUGAGAAACGAUCCAUAUAUGACAGAUUUGGAGAGGCUGGGCUUAAAGGUUCUGGAAUGGGCAUGGGGGAUUUCAGUAAUCCUUUUGAUCUGUUUGAGACUCUGUUUGAGGGUAUGAAUCGUGGCAUGAACACCAGAGGUUCCUGGAAUGGAGCUCUUGAUGGUGAAGAUGAGUAUUAUAGUCUUGUCUUGAACUUUAAGGAAGCAGUUUAUGGAGUAGAAAAAGAGAUAGAAAUCAGCCGACUAGAGAGCUGUGGAACUUGCAAUGGUUCUGGGGCUAAACCAGGAACUAAGCCAUCCAGAUGUAGCACCUGUGGGGGUCAAGGUAGGGUUGUCUCAUCAACAAGGACUCCAUUAGGUAUUUUCCAGCAGUCAAUGACAUGUUCUUCAUGCAAUGGGACUGGAGAAAUUUCAACACCUUGCAAUACCUGUUCUGGGGAUGGUCGUGUGCGGAGGACAAAACGGAUUAGUCUGAAAGUCCCAGCUGGCGUGGACUCUGCUAGUCUAAGGGUCCGAAAUGAAGGAAAUGCUGGAAAGCGAGGUGGCUCUCCUGGUGACCUCUUUGUUGUUAUUGAAGUUAUCCCUGAUCCAGUCCUCAAACGUGACGACACCAACAUAUUAUACACUUGUAAGGUGUCUUACAUUGAUGCAAUCUUGGGAACUACAAUCAAGGUUCCUACUGUAGAUGGCAUGGUGGAUUUAAAAAUCCCUGCGGGGACCCAACCAAACACAACACUUGUUAUGGCUAGAAAAGGUGUUCCGCUGCUGAACAAGAGCAGUAUGAGGGGUGAUCAGUUGGUUCGGGUGCAAGUUGAAAUCCCCAAAAAAUUGAGCAGCGAUGAGAGGAAGCUUAUUGAGGAACUUGCUGAUUUAAGCAAAGGCAAGACUGCAACUAGUAAGAGAUAAUAUUUUGUGGCAGCCGCUUUGUCCAUCUAGUGUACUUCUAACCCCGAAAAUUUUGUUCUCCUUUCAUGAAUGCACGUUUCUUGACUAUGUAACUUUCUGAGGAGAACUGGUCAGUUCUUGAUAUUUGACCAGUGGGAGGGGUCCGAAUAUGGUGUUAGUUAUAGGUUAUUUAUUAGCCCUCAGGAACACAGGUGGAGCUGGAAAGCGAAGAUGUUAAUCAUCCACCUUUUUGUGGGUUAAAUUAUCUUUGGGGUGCAAUGUCAUAUCAUUUACAUAAACAUGAUGCUUGGAUACACAAGAAUCGUAUGCAUACAUUCUGUCCAGAAAAAGAAGGGAUUAUUUUCCCGUUACAAUA